AUGACCAUCACUCAACGACUCGUUCGUGCACUUUAUGAAUAUGUAACGUCACAAUUACUUAAUUUGCCAUUGAUUGAAGCUAGUUUUCACCUAAAAAAGUUACUCAAAGAAUCAGGUUCACUAACUGUUGAAAAUUCAAUUGAGGUCUUUCAUGAAUAUUUAUCUUCAACCAAAACUAAGCCAUUAUUCUAUCGUCAUUUGUUACAUCCGGGUGUAACUGAAGAACAAAUCGAAGAAUUCAUGUCACCCAUUUGUCAAUUAGCCGAGCAACUGGUCGAUAUCGAAUUGGUCGUUUUUUUCGAUGAAGUGAAUACUUCAUCGUGCCUCGGCUUAUUCAAAGAAAUGUUCAUUGAUAGAACAUUGCACGGAGUCAAAUUACCAAAGAAUAUGUUUUUCACCGCUGCUGUUAAUCCAUCAAUAUCUCCAUUACCUAACGAUAAUCGCGCUCAUCGUAGUGAUUAUCUCGUCCAUCGAUUACCACAAUCGCUCGAAAAUUUGAAAGUCUGCUAUGAUAUACUAGAAUCAAAAACUUUAGAAGAUUAUAUUCAACAAAAAAUAUCAAUGUUUCGUGUUGACUCAUUAUCAAAUAAUAGUGAAACACAAAUGCCAUUAGAAGAAUAUGUGCAAGAAAUGCUGACAAAAUCUAUUCUUAAAG